CGCUUUUCUGUUUACAUUUUUUACUAAUGCACAAGAAAUCGUGUUAAAAUAAUUUUUAUUUUCUUUAAUUUUUAAACAAAAAUCUUUAAAUAUGAAAUUAAAAAAUGUAAAUAAAAACAAAGCAGAACGGCAAGGUGUGGAUGCCAAAACACAAAAGUCAGCACAAAUGACCGUAUCACAAUUGAGUGCAGAUGUUAUUUGGGAGAUUGCUUCAAAAUACUGGUCUCCGGAAACAGAAGGCUCGCAUGAAGCAUACGAUGCCCAACUGGUGGAUGAUAUUUACUUAAAAGAAAUAGUGGAACAUAAAAAUUCCACCCGGCGUAUUGUUAUGCUGGAAUUUAGUCAAUACUUUGAGAAAUAUCUAUGGCCCAAUUAUAAACGUUCCACGGCAUCACAUGCUCACUUAAUGUCUAUAGUUUUUAUGGUUAAUGAAAAGUUUCGUGAGCGUGUAGAGGUAUGGUCAACAUUUGAGCAGCGUGCUGAGGAGUUUGCAGGAUUUUUUCGUCAUGUUUUGGAAUUGUGUUUGAAUGAAGACAAUAAAACACAAAUAAGAGAGAAAACUGCUUUGGUGGUAUUUCUUAAUCAUUGUUUUAAUAGCAUGGAAAUCGAAUUGUGUCGCAAUCAAAUUAGACGUUUGGUAUCAUUGUCCAUGUGGUCAUGUUUGCAACCAAAACGAUUGGAACAGGAGCUGCGCUCUAUACCCGAAUGGCGUAGAGUUUGGAAAAAGUUACAGAAAAAGGAAAAGAACGAAAAGAAUCCGGAUGUAGAAUGGGAAAGACAUUUUCUACAAAAUCUUAUUAUACAAUUUUUAGAUGUUUUAGAACAUUUACCUUUGGAGGGUCCAGUAGAUUCACAUACGAUCCUGUAUUGUGAACGUUUCUUGGAAUUAAUGAUUGAUUUGGAGGCUUUACUGCCUACAAGACGUUUUUUCAAUACUGUCUUGGAUGAUUCUCAUCUAUUGGUUCGUGCUCAAAUAAGCAAUUUGGUUCAGAGACCGGAUGGGAAAUUAUUUGGUCAGCUAUUGGAUAUGUUAAAAUUCUAUUCACGUUUUGAAAUCAAUGAUGUGACUGGAGACUCUCUAACCGAUCAUGAUAUGACACAAAUCCAUUAUAAAAAAAUUACCUCUCUACAAAGAGCAGCCUUUUCCAAAUUUCCCGACUUAAGAUUAUUUGCUCUAUCGAAUGUGGCCAGCAUAGAUUCACGUGAUUCUUUGGAAAAACACUUUGGUGGCUUAAAUGAAAAAGCGCUCAAAGAAAUUGCUUCAUUCUUAAAUCUAGUCCCUGAUGAACUACAACCACCUUUUCAAUGGCAUCGUUUGGAUGAGGAUUUUCUCAAGGAGUUGCUAAUAACUAGACAUGAAAAACGUUGUUCUCAAUUGGAUGCUCUCAAUGAAAUGCCUCUAUAUCCCACCGAGGAUAUAAUCUGGGAUGAAAAUAUAGUACCGUCGGAAUAUUUUACAGGAGAUGGUUGUUUGGCUUUGCCAAAAUUGAAUUUACAAUUUUUAACUUUACACGAUUAUUUGUUGAGAAAUUUCAAUCUGUUUCGCUUGGAAUCCACAUAUGAAAUUCGUCAAGAUAUUGAGGAUGCGGUGAGUCGUAUGUUACCCUGGCUAUCGGAAGAUGGUGAUGUAGUAUUUGGUGGUUGGGCUCGUAUGGCCUUGCCUAUUGCCUCUUUUGCUGUUGUGGAGGUGGCUAAACCUCAUAUUGGAGAAAAGAAACCUUCUAGAGUGCGAGCUGAUAUUGGAGUUACAUUAUCGGUACGCAAGGAGAUUAAGGAUGAAUGGGAAAAUCUACGAAAGCAUGAUGUGUGUUUUCUGAUUACAGUUAAGCCUACAAAACCUUAUGGUACAAAAUACAAUCCACGUGAGCCAUUUAUUCCACAAGUGGGUUUAGUUUAUGUGCGUGGUUGUGAAGUGGAGGGUAUGUUGGAUGCCAAUGGUCGAGUUAUAGAAGAUGGUCCCGAUCCAAGACCUCAACUCCCUGGUGAACAAAGAACUUAUCGUGUUUGGUUGGAUUGUAAUCAGUAUCGCUUGGAUAUGGAUUCCUUGCAAGAGGGAGGAGAUGAUGUUUAUGAAAGCUUUAACAUUAUAAUGAGACGCAAACCUAAAGAAAAUAAUUUCAAAGCAGUUUUAGAAACCAUAAGACAUUUAAUGAACACUGAAUGUGUGGUACCCGCCUGGUUGCAUGAUAUUUUAUUGGGCUAUGGUGAUCCUGGUGCUGCCCACUAUUCCAAAAUGCCAAAUCAAGAACGUAAUUUGGAUUUUAAUGAUACUUUUCUUUCGUAUCAACAUAUUGUUGAAAGUUUUCCUGAUUAUGAAAUUAAAUGUAAUGUUGCCGAGGAACAGCGUAGUGCACUCUUUCGUUUGAUAUUUGAAGAUGUGGCGGAGAAAAAAGACGAGUCGGAGGAGGCUUCAGAAGAUAAGCAGGAGCAGCAGCUAAGCAAAUCUAUUGUGGUACAACCAUAUAAAUUUGAGAAUCGUGGUCCCUAUUUGGGUAACAAACCCAAACAAAACUCUAUACGCUUUACACCAACCCAAGUCGAAGCUAUACGAGCUGGUAUGCAACCUGGUUUGACUGUGGUUGUAGGUCCUCCUGGUACUGGUAAAACCGAUGUAGCCGUGCAAAUCAUUUCCAAUAUCUAUCACAAUCAUCCCAAUCAACGUACUUUGAUUGUAACGCAUUCCAAUCAGGCUCUUAAUCAACUUUUUGAAAAGAUUAUGGCCUUGGAUAUCGACGAAAGACAUUUAUUGCGUUUGGGUCAUGGUGAAGAGGCUUUGGAGACCGAAAAAGAUUUCAGUCGUUAUGGACGUGUUAAUUAUGUUUUAGCCAAACGCAUAGACUUAUUGCAGCAAGUGCAAAAACUCCAAGAAUCUUUAGGAGUUAGAGGUGAUAAUGCUUACACCUGUGAAACAGCAGGAUAUUUCUAUCUUUACAAUGUUAUGGCCAGAUGGGAGAAAUUCCAAACACAAGCAGCUGCCGUGGAGAAAAGCGAAGAUGCAAAUGUUUGGCGUAAAGUUUUUGAACAAGAAUUUCCCUUUAAUAAAUUCUUUGAUGAUGCUCCUCAACCAUUAUUUAAGGGCGAAUGUUAUGAGGAUUAUAUGAAUAUUGCCAAAUCUUGUUUUCGUUAUAUUUCCCACAUAUUCACUGAACUAGAAGAGUUUAGAGCUUUUGAACUUUUGCGCACUGGAUUGGAUCGUUCCAAGUAUCUUUUGGUUAAGGAGGCUAAGAUAAUAGCCAUGACUUGUACUCAUGCUGCUUUAAAACGCAAAGAAUUAGUAAAUCUAGGUUUUCGUUAUGAUAAUAUUCUUAUGGAAGAAUCUGCACAAAUUCUAGAGAUAGAAACCUUUAUACCUCUGCUGUUGCAAAAUCCUAUGGAUGGUUUUAAUCGUCUUAAACGUUGGAUUAUGAUAGGAGAUCAUCAUCAAUUGCCACCGGUGAUUAAAAAUAUGGCCUUUCAAAAGUAUUCCAAUAUGGAACAGAGUCUAUUUACGAGGCUAGUGCGUUUGGGUGUACCUACAGUUGAUUUGGAUGGUCAAGGUCGUGCUAGAUCUAGUAUUUGUUCUUUAUACAAAUGGCGCUAUAAGAAACUGGAUGAUUUGCAGCAUAUUUUGGAAUCCCAGGAAUAUCGUCGAGCCAAUGCUGGUUUAUUGCAUGACUAUCAACUGAUAAAUGUGGAUGACUUUAAUGGAGUGGGUGAAACGGAACCUAAUCCUUACUUUUAUCAGAAUUUGGCUGAAGCGGAAUAUAUAGUGGCUGUUUAUAUGUAUAUGAGACUUAUUGGUUAUCCGGCGGAGAAAAUCUCUAUUUUAACUACCUAUAAUGGUCAGAAACAUUUAAUUAGAGAUGUCAUUAAUGGUAGGUGCGGUAGUAAUCCCUUAAUUGGGUGGCCUCACAAAAUCACCACCGUAGACAAAUACCAGGGUCAACAAAAUGAUUACAUAUUGAUAUCGUUGGUGCGCACAAAAGCUGUAGGUCAUAUCAGAGAUGUCAGACGUUUGGUGGUGGCCAUGAGUCGUGCCCGUUUAGGUUUAUAUAUCUUUGGCAGGGUUGGGUUAUUUAAAAACUGUUUAGAAUUACAGCAAACAUUUAAACUGCUAACAAUGCGUCCCCAAAAACUAAAGUUGGUAGAAAACGAAUCAUAUCCUACCACACGCAUGACCAAUGAUAAUCCCGAAGAAAAAAUUAUCACCAUUAAUAAUAUGACACAAAUGACGGAAUAUGUUUAUGAAAUGUAUAUGAAAAAAAUGGAAAGUAUAAAAGAUCAACUACCCAAUAAUGUAGAAACCGAGAUCUACAAAGAUUUGCCAAAAGAAGAUGAACCUAUGGAGGAAACGUCUGCAGAAAUCGAAUAUGAGAUCAUAGAAAAACAACCUGCCGUUAAACGUGUACAAAAAGAAAAUACUGCAAAAAAGGCGGAACCAAAAGUAUUUAAACCUACACCUAUUGUUAAUGAAAUUUCAGACGAAAUUGAAGAGUCUACUGAAGACCACCCAGAAGAAUCGGAGCAGCAAGCGGAAACCGGUACAGAAGCAAAAGAAUAAUCAUUAUUUUUUAAUAUAUUUUAUGAUUUUCUAAGAAAUAAAAGUAAAAACUUAUUAAAAUUA